AUGGCGUCCAUCUUACUGAGGAGUUGUCGCGGCCGCGGGCCCGCUCGCCGCCCGCCGCCGCGCGCCGCCGCGCCGAGGGGUCCUGCUGGGGAUCCGGCCCGCCUCAGUGGUGCCGGCGCCGUGGGGCUGAUGAGCUACGUGCCUCUUCCGUUGGGCGGCUGCGCCCCCGUCCACCCCGUGUACCUUUCCUUCCGCGGCGACCCCCUGGGCUGCUGGACGCUGAGGCCCGAGCGCGCGUGCGCGGUGCUGGCGGCGCCGAGGCUCCUCCCUGUGCGCUGCUGGCACUGCUCGCGCCCGCUGGGCGAUGACUCCGUGGUGGAGAAGUCCCUCCGGUCCCUCAAGGACAAGAACAAGAAGCUGGAGGAAGGCGGCCCCGUGUACAGCCCGCCCGCACAGGCGGCGGUGCGGAAGCCCCUGGGGCAGCGCGUCCUGGACGAGCUGAAGCACUACUACCACGGCUUCCGCCUGCUCUGGAUCGACACCAAGAUCGCGGCGCGCACGCUCUGGCGCAUCCUCCACGGCCACAGCCUGACCCGCCGCGAGCGCAGGCAGUUCCUCCGCAUCUGCGCUGACCUCUUCCGCCUGGUGCCCUUCCUGGUCUUUGUGGUGGUGCCCUUCAUGGAGUUCCUGCUGCCCGUCGCUGUGAAGCUCUUCCCCAACAUGCUGCCGUCCACGUUCGAGACCCAGUCCAGCAAGGAGGAGAGGCUGAAAAAGGAGCUGCGGGUCAAGCUGGAGCUGGCCAAGUUCCUGCAGGACACCAUCGAGGAGAUGGCCCUGAAGAACAAGGCUGCCAAGGGGAGUGCCACCAAAGACUUCUCCGUGUUCUUCCAGAAGAUCCGAGAGACGGGCGAGAGGCCCAGCAACGAGGAAAUCAUGCGUUUUUCCAAGUUGUUUGAGGAUGAGCUGACCCUGGACAACCUCACGCGCCCACAGCUGGUGGCGCUGUGCAAGCUGCUGGAGCUGCAGUCCAUCGGCACCAACAACUUCCUGCGCUUCCAGCUCACCAUGCGGCUGCGCUCCAUCAAGGCGGACGACAAGCUGAUCGCUGAGGAGGGCGUGGACAGCCUGAACGUCAAGGAGCUGCAGGCGGCGUGUCGGGCGCGAGGCAUGCGGGCCCUGGGCGUCACAGAAGACCGCCUGCGGGGCCAGCUGAAGCAGUGGCUGGAGCUGCACCUGCACCAGGAGAUCCCGACGUCGCUGCUCAUCCUGUCCCGGGCCAUGUACCUUCCCGAGACCCUGUCGCCCGCCGACCAGCUCAAGUCGACCCUGCAGACCCUCCCGGAGAUCGUGGCGAAGGAAGCCCAGGUGAAGGCAGCCGAGCUGGAGGGUGAGCAGGUGGACAACAAGGCGAAGCUGGAGGCCACGCUGCAGGAGGAGGCGGCCAUCCAGCAGGAGCUCCGUGAGAAGGAGCUGCAGCGGAAGAGCCAGGCGGCCGCGGCCCAGGCAGCGAAGGAAGCGGAGCCUGAGGUAGUGGCCGAAGGCGCCCCGGGGAGGCCGGUGGCUGAGCUGCAGCUGGAAGAGCCUGCUGUGACCCUGCCUUCCGAGGUCCUGAAGGACAGCGCGCCCGUCCUGGAAGGCUUGAAGGAAGAAGAAAUAACUCAAGAGGAAAUUGACGUACUCAGCAACGCGUGCUCAAAACUGAAGGAGCAGAAGAAGUCCCUGACAAAGGAGAAGGAGGAGCUGGAGCUGCUAAAGGGGGACGUCCAGGACUACAGCCAGGAUUUACAGGAGAUCAAGAAGGAACUUUCAAAGACUGGCGAAGAAAUCUACGUGGAAGAGUCUAAAGCCAGCAAAAGGCUGACCAAGCGUGUGCAGCAAAUGAUCGGGCAGAUGGACAGCCUGCUGGCGCAGCUGGAGGCCGACCAGAAGGCGGGCAAGCUGGGCCCCGCCGCUGAGGGCGCGCCUGCUGGAGAGACAGUGAUCAGCGUCUCCGAGCUCAUCAGCGCCAUGAAGCAGAUUAAGCACAUUCCUGAGAGCAAGCUGCUGAGCCUGGCCUCGGCCCUGGACGACAACAAGGACGGGAAGGUCGACAUCGACGACCUCGUCAAGGUCAUCGAGCUGGUAGACAAAGAAGACGUCCACAUCUCCACCAGCCAGGUGGCCGAGAUCGUGGCCACGCUGGAGAAGGAGGAGAAGGUGGAGGAGAAGGAGAAGGCCAAGGAGAAAGCGGAGAAGGAAGCGGCCGAGGCGCAGAACUAGGGCCGGCCCAGCCCCCCGGCACGCGGGCCUCCACGCACCCCCUCCCGCUGCAGUGGUCCCGACGUGAUGCUGAUUGCUUUGAAGUGAUUCUUAGUGACGGACCUAAUAUUUUAUCUGGAAUAAAUCAGAAACUUCAUAAUCAAGUAAUUUUUAACAUUCAUCAUUCCAUGAAGAUUGAGUCAGCCUGGAGCCCCCGCGCCCGUCCAGGGAGGCUUCUCUGGGUCAGCAGGGGCCCAGUGCCAUGGGGUCUCAGCCGUGGCGGGCAAGGGUGGCCGGCCAGCGGGAAUUGUGGCCCUGCACAGCCCCCCGGUUCCUGAGGUGGCUCGGGCCUCCCUGCUUGCCCCCUGGUAGCGUCUGCCGCGGAGGAGAGGACCCAUGCAGGGAUGCGCCCAGCAGACACAGCUGCCUUGGCCUGGAGAAGCAGCUUCACGUGUCUCGGACUUGGACUCCUGAGCAUCAGUGUGAACCAGUGAGCAGACCACGCCCACCGUCUCCACGGUUCCUAGGAACCUCGUCUGACACUCUCAUGUGGGCAUCCACGUCCUUUCCUGAGUGACCUUGGAUUCUCACCUGAUCCUUCAGCUAGCUAGCGCUGAGCUUCCUCACGCAACAGUCUGCCCAGCUGAGCAAAGUGAGCAUCAGUUACGCCAGGAGAGGUGCUGGUGAAGCCCUUGGAGAUGAAGCCUCCCCUGUGCAGGAAUCAGUCAUGCUUCUAAGCUGGGAUGUCAUCACCUCACCCCACACCCCGGGUGUUCAGAUGGAUUUCACCGCGUGUCUCACCCCAGAGGCUGUGGGGGCGCUCAAGGGGCUUGUGUCUGCCUGAGGCCCCUGGCCACGGGCAUGCGGCAGGUCCGGGAGCCGGGUGGCCGUGGCCCAGCACCAUCUGGCUUGGGCAGGGCCAGCCAGAGCGCUCCGUGGUGAACCGACGUGGGCCCUGGGAGACCUGAGGCUGGUGGGGCCGGCAGGACGAGCAAAGGGGCACAGCUUCCAGGUGACCUGAGACCUUGUGCUCAGCCGCUGACGGACUUUGGACGAGCGGAGUACCUCUGAGUCCUCCAGUGGACACCCUUGUGGGGGCGGUGGGUGCUAAAGGGUUUUAUUUCGGUUAUUUCAGGGGUGUGUUGUAGGUGCUCCCUCGGUGUUUACGAGUUGUCUCACGUGUGGAGUGGCCUGGGUUUCCGCUGCAGUAGUGUGCUUGCUUGUGGCGCUCGUGGUGGCCGGCGUGCUUGAGGAGAGGCUAGUCUUUCCCGGCCCCGUCCUCACCUUGCCGCCUUCACCAGGCACCCAGCGCAGCCCCCUCAUGUUCUCAAGCCCCCGACCCCACGGCAGCACCUCCUCCCCACUGCCCCCACCCCGGCACGGCGGGACCCCUCUCCGGCAUCUGUACCCGGGCCUGUCUGCUGCAGGCUUCCCUUUCGAGUCGCUUGUUUUUACUGUCCUAAACUUUAUUUAUUGCAGCUGAGCAGAGUGCCCGGGUGCGGCUAUAACCGGUGAACAGUGCUGGGAGUGAGCAUGGGGUAUGACGCGGCAGCAGGGCGGCUGUCUUGUCAGCUGGGUGUCCGGGGCCUGCCCCCGCCUUCCUGAGCUUUCUCAGGAGCGUGCUCAAGUCCCCGGGGCUGUGACGCCGUGCCCGCUGGAAGCGCAGCGGCGUUCUCCCUGCUUUGCGCCACCUGAACACCCCCCAUUAUUAAGGAUUCAGGAGACUGACGUAGCUUCCAGAGUCACUUUGGAGUAUCCAAUUCCAGAUUUGAAAGCGAAGGCACCGCGUAAUUUGUGCAGCGUCACCUCCAGGCAGUGGCCGUCACAGCAGCAGGACCAGCUCACCUGAGGGCCUCCUCCUUGGGCUGCGUGUCAACACCUUUUUUAGAAAUAGCAUUUUUUAUUAAAAUACCAAACAUGUUUGGGUAACAGCUCAGAGCACAAUUUCUGAAUCAUGUGGCCCGUCUACAGUUGGGGUGGGAAGUGGCAGGGCUGUCUGAGUGUCUGGCUCCCGCUGUGCUCCAGCCCGGCCUCUGGGGUCGCCUGUCCUCGAGACUGCUGGAGACUAGACCCGCGAUUUCGUGUGAGGAGAAGGCUGAAUAAAGUGCCGUCUUGUAUGA